AUGAGUGUACUCCUCACCUACGAAAAAAUAAUUCUCUUCCCGAAGCAAAAUUUAAGCGCAGCAAAUCAGUUCUAUACAUAUUUCUACGUACCUUUUGCAAACAAGGUUACUUUUUUUACUCGUCUCUUUUGGGUCAACAGAAAAAUGGGCUCCUUCGAAGAGGCAGCUCACUAUGAGAGGAAGUACACCCAAUAUCAUGUCAUAGGAAAUGCCAUAAAUUUAUUUUUUUUAAAAAAGUAUUCGCAAAAUUGGAGUCCAUCUACUCACCGUUGGAAGUUUGCUGAGUGUCUCCGGCAGAAUAAUCAGUCUUACCUGACCUUUGACCAGGGAGGAAGCAGAGAUUCAAAUAAUGACACAACACAGGUGGGACAAAACACGUCUGAGAAAGAGACUAAUGUCAACACUUCAAACGGUGAGUCACAGUUAGACGAAGACCACUCGCAGGUUACACCAUAUGACGAAACAGAGAAAAUACCAACAGAUGCAGGGUCCCACUUGUUUGAGAGGGACCCUGUCGCCAUCCAUUACUGGAAUAAUAUGAAGAAGAAAAAAACGAACACCCCCCACUACAACAUAGACCCAUCGGCCAAAACGAAAAAGAUUCAAAUCUACUAUAACUGCGAAAUGACCGAUAUGGAAAGAAAAAUUUGUAAAAUUAAAAAUUUUUUGCGAAAUGGAAAUCCCGUAGACAUUCUUUUAAUUUGUAACAGUGAUAGCGAUGGCAAGGUCACCCAGAAGGGAGGGAAGGGGACAAAAAAAAUGAAUAAAAAAAAUGGGGAGAGUACUUCCGAAGGUGGACCCACUCCAGUAUGCAAAGUUAAAAAUAACUUUACCAACUCUGCUCUGUCGCUGCAGCUAAGUGAAGCCAAGUGUUCCCCACACGUGAACGUCCGAACCAGUUUGGAAUUGCUUCGCGCGAAGGUGUGCUGA